AGCGCUCGCAAACUGCGACACGGAGGAGUGAUCUUCGAAGUUGACUGCACUGACACGAAAGCCUGGCUCUCAUGCCAGAGCAAUAGCAAAUCUUUCAGCGAACACUUCGGAAGCAGCACAAUGAUCAAAGACAAGACCUUUCAAGUAAUAGCGGAAUACAUGCCAACAACUUUCAAUCCAGAACUAGCCUCGUCACUAACAGAAACAGAGAAAGCCAGUAAACUCCUCCCAGGAUCAAUCAUCAAAGCGAAAUGGAUCAAACCUCCCGCCCGCCGCAACCCAGGCCAAAGGACAGCCUUCUGCACCAUAUCAUGCAAGGACCGCGAAAGUGCUAAUCAAGCCAUCCGACUAGGCUUAACGAUAGAAGGACGCAAGAUCUCAGCACGCAAACUGCUCCCAGAGCCCACUCGCUGCCUAAAAUGUCAACAACUAACUAGUGAACACAUGGCAAGCUCCUGCAGCCAAACAGUAGACACAUGCGGAACAUGUGGAAUGGACCAUCACACCUCAGAAUGCGACUUCGGCAAAGCAGACCCCCAACACCAUUACUGCGUCAAUUGCAACCUCCAGGGACAUGCCGCAUGGAGCCGCGACUGCCUGAUGUUCAUAAACAGAAGCAACAAGAUGCACAGCAAAUCAGAGGAGGCACGCUACAAGUAUUUCCCUAUGGAAAACAACCCAGAUUCCUGG